GUAAGAGUAGCAAUACCAUUCUUUGCUCAGUCCUCCAACUGAAAAUCAGACUUUCUGGAGGUGAAAGUUAUCACCAAAUUCCACUGGAUGCACCUCCUAGAGGUUGAGUUCAAGGGAGGAGAUGAAAUUGGGAAACUUCAAUAAUCUGAACUCUUCGGAAGAUCUUAGCACAUAUUCUGCUUUUCACAAUUUUUACCUUUAGAAGGGCUAUUGCAGCUCUACUUAUCUUGGGCUCAGUGUAGAAGAUAUGAAGAUGUACUAGAAUUUCUCCCUUAAUCACUGCAGAAACUUGGAUGAUCUUCAUGGAAAUCAUCUUCGUAGGAAACCAAACUAUUACUGAAUUUGUCCUUCUUGGUUUCUGUGUCAGAGCUGAGCUGCAUCUCCUUCUCUUUACUGUGUUCAGUGUCAUCUACGCUUCCAUCAUCCUAGGGAACAUGCUAAUCAUUGUGGCGGUGGUUAGCUCGCAGAGGCUCCACACACCCAUGUAUUUCUUCCUGGCUAAUUUGUCCUUCCUGGAGAUCCUCUAUACUUCCUCAGUGGUGCCCAGAAUGUUGGAGGGCUUCUUGCAGGAGGCAGCCAUCUCUGUGGCUGGUUGCUUGCUCCAGUUCUUUAUCUUUGGUUCUUUAGCCACUGCUGAAUGCUUCCUACUGGCUGUCAUGGCAUAUGAUCGCUACCUGGCCAUCUGCUACCCCCUCCAUUACCCUCUCCUGAUGGGAUCCAGACGGUGUUUGGGGCUGGUGGUCAUAGCGUGGCUCUCUGGCUUCAUGGUAGGUGUAGUGAUUAUAGCCCUCAUGGCUCAACUGAGAUUCUGUGGCCCCAACCACAUUGAUCACUUUUACUGUGACUUCAUGCCUUUGAUGAACCUGGCCUGCUCAGAUCCCAGUGUAGCCCAGGUGACAACAUUCAUUCUCUCUGUGGUCUGCCUCACUGUUCCCUUUGGACUGAUUCUGACAUCUUAUGGCCGGAUCGCGGUGGCUGUGCUGAGAGUUCCUGCUGGGGCCAGCAGAAGAAAGGCUUUCUCCACGUGUUCCUCCCACCUAGCUGUAGUGUCCACAUACUAUGGUACUCUCAUGGUCUUGUACAUCGCACCGUCUGCUGUCCACUCCCAGCUCCUCACCAAGGUCUUUGCCCUGCUCUACACUGUGGUCACCCCUUUCUUCAAUCCUGUGAUUUAUACCCUAAGGAAUAAGGAAGUUCAGCAGGCACUAUGGAGGCUUCUGUAUGUUAAGCAAACUGAAACAAAUGAUUGAAGGAGGAUGGUGGUAAAGAUGUUAAUUGGACUUUGGGAUUGGUUGGGUAGAAAUAACUUUGUCCUGUUUUGACAUUUCUGUGAAAAGUUUUAUAGUUACUGUACUCAUACUG